CACGGGCUGCGUUGCGGAGAGCAUCUCGUUGGGGAAGGUUGGCCUCUACGAGUUCUUCGUGGGCCCGCAGUUCGCAGGGCCCCCCGCUGAGGGGUCGCGGGGCCCCGACGCCUUUGUCAGCCCCUUCUGGGUGGUGGCAAAGUCCGACUCAGAGCCCAACAUGGAGCUCCGAAAGGAGACCGUGACGUUCGGGACAGGCGUCAACAAGGUGCAGGUGGGGGUGCCCCAGAUGCAUAACACUUGCGCCCUGUCCGCGGGCGACUUCCUGGUGGUGAAGCCGUGGCCGCGGCUGCAGCCGCGGCCAGCCAAGAAGCUCAGGACGGCCUGA